AUGAUAAGCCACGCACCUGCCGCGGUCACUACCGUUCGCGGCUUCCAGACUACACCUGCUACCUCGGGCGACGAGGACUCUGAUCCUGGACACAACGACGUCCCUACCCCCCGACGAAAGACCCCUAGCCGACCUAUCAUCAACGAUGUUGUCAGCGCCAACUGCAGCCCUAUUAUUCGAGCAUCUUCACCCGCUGUUUCAGGCAUCGCCAAGCUGCGAAUGCAAAUGGAACCUCUCAGCCUUGACGGAGGAUCUCCCUGUAUGAGCCGCUCUGGAAGUCAGCAAGGAACCGCCCAGGAUUUUCGAAAGCAAAUGCUCAGCCGUACACAGAGCCGAGAGGAUGUUCGCAGUGAGGCUGGUAGCGAGAUUUCAGACAGCUCUAUUAGUUACGAAGUGAACCUCGAGCAUGAUUUCACUAGCGAGAGUGUUCGAGAGCGUAGUGGAUACCUCGAACCUCUUGAGGGCGGCCUUGCGCCGAAUCGUAAGAUGACGUCGGAAGACUUCGAGCAACUGCGAUGCCUUGGCAAGGGUACCUACGGUACUGUGCUUCUAGUCAAGCAGCGUGCAACCGGAAGGCUCUACGCCCAAAAGCAGUUCAAGAAGGCCUCUCUGGUGGUCCACAAGAAACUCAUCGAGCAGACCAAAACUGAGCGACAGAUCCUCGAAUCUGUUAACAGACACCCGUUCGUUGUCAAGCUGUUCUACGCUUUCCAGGACCAUGAGCAGCUGUACCUUAUUCUCGAGUACGGACAGGGUGGUGAGCUCUUCACCCAUCUUGAUACUGAAAAGAUGUUCUCCGAGACUGUGGCUGCUUUCUAUAUGGCAGAAAUGCUUCUGGCUAUCUCGCAUCUGCACAACGAUCUUGGCGUGGUCUACCGCGAUCUCAAGCCAGAGAACUGCCUUCUGGACGCCGAAGGCCAUCUCCUCCUGACCGACUUCGGCCUCUCCAAGGUUUCUAGUGAUCAGUCUGAGGGCUGCAACUCGAUGCUGGGAACCGUUGAGUACAUGGCACCCGAAGUUGUGCUUGGAAAGAAAUAUGGGAAAGCGGUCGACUGGUGGUCCUUUGGAGCGCUUGGAUACGACCUGAUGACUGGAAACCCACCUUUCCGUGGUCAGAACCACGCCAAGAUUCAGGACAACAUCGUCAAGCAGAAGCUGGUGCUUCCUUACUUCCUGAGCGCCGAUGCCAAGGAUCUCCUUACUAGACUUCUUCGCAAGGAUCCCAAGAAGCGCCUUGGAGCAGUGAUGCCCAACGAUCUCACGACUAUGAAGAAGCACAGAUUCUUCCGCAAGAUUGACUGGAAGAAGCUCGCGGAACGGGAGCUCGAGCCACCCAUUCAGCCUAUGAUCACGGAUCCUGAGCUAGCCGAGAACUUCGCCCCAGAGUUUACUGAGCUGGCCAUCAGCCCGGUACUGCCAAACAAGGAUGCCUGGCCCCGAAGCCUCCCUAAGGAUGAGCAGCUCUUUGGUGGAUUCAGCUUUGUUGCGUCUUCAAGCUUGUUGAAUGAAGACCGGUUCGCAGCUUAUGCCCAGACGUGA